AUUUGCAACUUUAUUCCCAUGACUUAAAGUUUAGGUAAGUUAAGUUUCGAAGUCUCGUCCUGAUUAGAUCCAACGGCUAUCAUACACGCAUCUCAGUAUUAACCGUUGUUACAUUGUUUUUCAUUCUCUCGUUAACUUGAAUGUCGGUGUUAAUCCUGCAAGUCAGUCCACUGUCUAUCUCAUCGUCAUAUAGAAAACCUUGGAAUAGAAGUUAAAAAUCAACCACUAAGAUUAUUUACUAUUGUAAAUGUGUGCUUGUAUUUUAUAAUACAUCAAAAAUAGCAAAAACAAAAUAGCCACCGGUGCCUUUUGUUUUUGCCUUUAUAUAAACAAAAGCUGAGGUUAGCAUUGAAACAUUUUUUUCAUCUUUCCAUUUUCUCUCCAAAAUUAUAUAUAUUGUAAAUUAAAAGAUCUGAUUUUGAUAGAAAAAAAUCAUGUAUAUAGUAAUAUAGGAACGUAUAGGAAUUGGUUUCUGUAUGAGGAAAAAGUAACAAUUUUUAGAUAGAAAUUUUUUUUUUGUAGAAAGUGCCCAUAAUUGAAAUCUUCAUAAAGGUAGAAUUUUUAUGUAGUUUUUGUAGAUAUUUUCAUUGAUAACAUUGUUUGGAGACAAGAAAAUCAAAAGGGUGGUUUUAGUUUUUGUGGAAUGAGAGUUAGGAGAGGAUGGAUUUCUGGCCAGAGUUUCUUGCAAGUAGUUCAGGUAGAGAGUUUGUGGCAGGUGGAUUUGGAGGCAUUGCUGGUGUGAUUUCUGGUUAUCCUUUGGAUACUAUUAGAAUCAGACAACAGAGUUCAAAGAAUAAUGGUUCUGCUUUUGGAAUCCUUAGGAAAAUGGUGGCUAAAGAAGGAGCAGCUUCUUUGUACCGUGGCAUGGCUGCACCAUUAGCAUCAGUGACUUUUCAGAAUGCAAUAGUUUUUCAAACAUAUGCUCUUCUAUCAAGAGCAUUUGAUCCAUCUGAUUCUGCUAAACACCCUCCAUCCUACAAAAGUGUCGCAUUAGGCGGAAUCGGGACAGGAGGACUUCAAAGUUUAUUGUUAUCACCAGUAGAACUCAUCAAAAUCCGACUUCAGCUGCAAAACACAAACCAGUCAAAAGAAUCAACAACAUCAACAAGUCCUAUAAAAGUAGCAAAAAACAUAUGGAGAAAAGAGGGUCUCCGCGGCAUAUAUCGAGGACUCGGCAUAACCAUAAUGAGAGAUGUACCUUCUCAUGGAGUUUACUUCUGGACAUAUGAAUACAUGAGGGAGCAUUUCCAUCCAGGUUGUCGAACAAGCGGUAAAGAAAGUCUGAAUACUAUGUUGGUGUCCGGAGGAUUAGCGGGCGUGGCGAGCUGGGUUUGCUGCUAUCCUUUUGAUGUUGUGAAAACAAGACUGCAGGGUCAGACACCAUCUGCUAUAAAAUACAAAGGAAUUUACGAUUGCAUCGCGAAAAGCGUUAAAGAAGAAGGUUAUCUUGUGUUGUGGAGAGGUUUAGGAACUGCAGUUGGCAGAGCUUUUGUGGUGAAUGGUGCUGUAUUUGCUGCUUAUGAGUUUUCAUUAAGGUUUCUGUUUAAUAAUGAUAACAUUCAAAUGCAGGAAACACUUUAGGAUGAUAGCAAGUGUACUAAAAAAUAAUCAAAAGCUCAACUUAGCUGUUACAUUCAAUAUAAAAAGAUUUUUAUUUUACCUUCA